CUUGUCGCCUCCCAAACAACCAUCUCGCAAACAGAGAUGCUAGUUGGUGAGUGAAGCUACUCAUCAUGAAACCUUUCCGGCCUCUCACCCUCACGCGCCCACGUCCUGAAAAUGGCGAGCCACCGAGCAAGAAACGAAGAAUUGGAUCUAAUGCACUGUCGGUGGGCAACCGCCAACCGCUCAAUACUAUGAACAAUCCAGCACCAGCACAAUUCCUACCCCCGGGUCUCGAAGGAAAUUAUUAUACAGUAUUAUGGCGAAAACAUACGACCAAGAAGAAUAAGACAUGGGACGGAGAUGGUGUUCUUGCUGUCGUGGGUGGAUACGCUACGCUCAACGACAGCGAGACGGGGAAAGAGCUGGGAAAGGGAGCAUGCAGUCGGCCACUACUCCCCGGAUCUACUCUUUCCAUUGGUGGAAGAGAAAUAGAGGUUGAGAAUUCCAUGGAUAAGGCAGAUUACCUUUCGGGACGCAUGUUCCUAGGCAAGGUUGCGGCUGCACCAAUACAGCAGCCAAAGCGGCCUGAGCCAGGACACAAGCCUCUGUUAUCGGUUAAACCAAAUUCGAAGAAGGGUCAAGAAACUGCCGACGACAAGGAGAUUGUGCCCGAGUACAAGCUCUCGGCUUAUCGCAAGCAGCAAUUCAAGGCACCGUUGCUAUCUACCACCGUCAUGCCGCAGCGCAACCCGUCAAUUCCGCAACCCCGUCACGACCCAAAUGCACCCAACGCCCUCAUUAUGAAACGACCUGAUUCAUGUCCCAAAGGAAAGCAAAUAGUUGAUGUAGUUGUCGACCCAGUCCUCAGCAAGCACCUCCGAGAUCACCAACGCGAGGGUGUACAAUUUUUGUACGAAUGCGUUAUGGGUAUGCGAUGCGAGGGCGAGGGUGCUAUCAUGGCUGACGAGAUGGGCUUGGGUAAAACGCUUCAGACCAUCACACUUCUCUGGACACUGAUGAAGCAGAAUCCGAUACAUGAUUCCCCUCCUCUUAUCAAGAAAGCCCUAAUCGUCUGUCCAGCUGGUCUAGUAGAUAAUUGGAAACGUGAGUUCCGCAAGUGGCUCGGCAAUGAGAGAGUCGGUGUGUUCGUAUUGGAUGCAAAGAACAAGAAGAUUGCCAACUUCACCAUGGGCAAGUCUUACAACAUUAUGAUUGUCGGAUACGAGAUGCUUCGUAUCGUUCAAGAAGAGCUGAAGAAGGGCAGCGGUGUCGAUAUCGUCAUUGCAGACGAGGGUCAUAGGUUGAAAACAGCGAGCAAUAAGGCCAUGCUUGCUAUCCAGUCUCUGAACACGGAGAGGCGCAUCAUUCUGUCUGGUACUCCGUUACAGAACGAUCUUGGCGAGUUCUAUACUGCCAUCGAUUUUGUCAACCCUGGACUCCUCGGACAACGAUCCGCCUUCAAGCGAUCGUUCGAGCUGCCCAUUAUGCGUAGUCGUCAGCCGGACGCAAGCGAAGCAGAACUUGAAAAAGGCGAGGCACGCUGGAAGGAGCUUGUAUCUCUGACUAGUCAGUUCAUGAUCCGGCGGACAGCAGAAGUCCUUUCGAAAUACCUACCGCCGAAAACUGAGCACAUUGUCUUCUGCAGGCCCACCAAAGGACAAGCGGAGACCUACCGCGCUAUUCUCGGCUCGCCAACAUUCAGACUUGCGCUGGGUAGUACGGAUAUUGCGCUGCAGCUCAUCAACGUGCUGAAGAAAGUCUGCAACAGCCCUUCAUUACUCAAAUCGUCCAAGGACAAUGAUGACACGCCAUCUGAGAUGCUUCAGUCCAUCAUCCCACUCAUCCCCAGCAAAAUCCUCAGUUCAAGCGCUUCAAGCGCAAAGUUGCGACUACUCGACAGCCUCAUUCACUCCAUCUAUACCACGACCGAAGAAAAAAUCGUCAUAGUCUCAAACUACACAACAACACUAGACAUGAUUGAGCGCCUCCUCGUAUCCCUUUCCUACACCUUCCUCCGUCUCGACGGCAGCACACCCGCCUCGAAGCGCCAGUCCCUCGUCGAGAAGUUCAACAAAACCCCCAAAACAACCUCGUUCGCCUUCCUCCUGUCCGCCAAAUCCGGCGGUGUAGGUCUCAACCUCAUUGGCGCCUCGCGCAUCGUGCUCUUCGACAUCGACUGGAACCCCGCCACCGACCUGCAAGCCAUGGCCCGCAUCCACCGCGACGGCCAGAAGCUACCGUGCAAAGUCUACCGCUUCCUCGUGCAGGGCGGUCUCGACGAGAAAAUCUACCAGCGCCAAGUCAUGAAAAUGGGCCUCGCCAACGCAGUCGUAGAUAACAAAGCCUCCGCAUCCUCCUUUUCCCAAGAAGAACUCCGCGAUCUGUUUCGGCUAGACGAGCGCGAGGGGUGCCAGACUCACGAUUUACUCGGCUGCACGUGCGAGUGUCGGGGCAAGCUCGAGGAUACGCUUGGUGCUACAAAUGAACAGUCUGAAGAAGAGGUGGAAGAAGAGGAAUACCCGAUGCUUCGCAAAGCUAGCGAGGUUAAUGUCGAGGAGCAGGAGGCGAAGAUUAAGGCGAGGCGCGCGGCGAAGCAACCGAAGUUGAGGAUGUUGAUGGAGUAUCGGCAUAUUGAUACCAAGGUUCUUAAGGGUAUGGAUAAGGGUGCUGACGAGGGAAGUGCAGAAGAUGAGGUAGUGGAUGAUUUGGCGGUCGCGGUGGAUGAUGAUGUUUUCCUUAGUGUCUUGAAGCAACCGGAGUGUAAUGUGGGGUUUCUGCUUACCAAGUCGACGUCGUAGAUUCUUUUUUUUACAUGGGCAGGGAUGUGGGAGGUAAGUAGUGUAUUUGCUACAUUCGCGUAUGCAUAGCGUUGGCGUUUCUUCUAUUCAAUACAUCGGGAUCGGGAGGUAAAGAACAUGAGGCGGCAAUGAUGAGGUAUUUAUCAAAUAUAGAGUAUCGUAUCAUUCAGGUUAUGUUGCAGAGGUGGAAAGGGGUGAGAGUUGCUCGAGAGCAUAGACUUUUGUAAAACAAAUAUUUGAUUAUCCCACUAAAGCAAGAGAGUGAACAAGACUAUUAUGGAAUACAAUUCCUCCGAUGAACUGAUCAGCUCCAUUAUGAGGA